AAUACCGGCAGUUUGUCUUCAAAUCAACGAGCAAGAUUUCGUCGUUCUGCUUGCAUUGAGUGAAGCAGAGAAAGAAUCCUUCGAACGAAGAAAUGGAACAAAUCAAGUUAUUCUACUUACUGAUUGGUGGAUGGCAUUGAAUUAGGAAUUCAUGAAUGCUGAUUUGAUAUAAUUUUUACAACAUAUGCAAAAGAGUAAACACUUGUACUAUUAUACGUGGAUUUGUCUUGUUUGUUGAACUGUCACAGCAAUGGCGUCCGCUGAUGACAAAACUUGGCAAAGAGAUGCAGCCGAUCAAAACUUUGACUAUAUGUUUAAAUUGCUUAUUAUUGGAAAUUCGGCGACUGGAAAGACGUCGUUGUUAUUUCGCUACGCUGACGACUCUUUCACUUCAGCUUUCGUCUCUACAGUUGGAAUAGACUUCAAAGUCAAGACAGUAUUUCGAAAUGAUAAACGUGUAAAGCUUCAAAUAUGGGAUACAGCUGGUCAAGAAAGGUAUCGAACGAUAACUACAGCGUAUUAUCGUGGGGCCAUGGGUUUUAUUCUAUUGUAUGAUAUUACAAAUGAAGAAUCAUUCCAAGACGUUCAAGACUGGUCAACUCAAAUUAAGACAUACUCAUGGGACAAUGCUCAAGUUAUUCUUGUUGGUAAUAAAUGUGAUAUGAAGGAUGAGAGAGUUGUUACAAAGGAACGUGGGAUGGAGCUUGCUGAUCAACUUAGUUUGGAGUUCUUUGAGACUAGUGCAAAGGACAACAUUAAUGUCAAAGAAGUUUUUGAACGAUUGGUGGAUAUCAUCUGUGAGAAAAUGGCAGAGACUCUGGAUAGUGAUCCAACCAGAAUUGGUGGAUCCAAACCAGGAGUAACUAAUUUGAAGGAAAAGCCAUCAAAAGAUGAGUCUUCAGGCUGUGGUUGCUAGGAUCUUUUUGCUUCAUUUUUCGAACAAAAUGGAAUUCAACAAAAAAAAACUGUCAUAUGUAUAGAUUGUCCAAAUAAUGCAAAUAAUCCUAGAAGUAUAAUAAAAUACUGAUCAUUUAAA